AUGACGGCUAUGGAUCAAUAUUACGCAGAACUAUCGUCGAUUGAGAUGAUGAUUCGUAAUUGGGAUCCUAUAAAAAUGACGAUGGUAAUUAUAUCGGGUUCAUGCGAAUUUUCAAACGAUAUAAUAUACUAUCUAUUCAAAAUUUUAUAAUCCAAGUAAAUGAAGGCUCCUUGUUUUAAAUUGAAAGUCACUUGUGCAGACAUUUUUUUUUUUCGUGGAUUUAAAUGCAUUUUUUUCAAAGACAGCUUUAGCUAAAACUAAUUUUAUGUUUAGUAAUAAACUCUUCAGUACAAAUGCAUUUUGUAUCUGAGUUUAAUCCUUUGAAUCGUUGAAAGUUUGUAAGUGUAAUAUUAAUCAAAGAGUAUACAAUAAAUUGACGAUAUUUGUGUGAUAUUAUAAUACGUAAAUUAAUUAUUUCGAAGUACUUUAGAGUCUGUAUAAUCUUCAGAUUAUAACUCAUUUUUAUCUCACAUGACGUACAGAUUAAACACUCAAAGAGUUAAAUUAAUAGAGCACAUGAAACAAAACAUGAAAUUUACACUUUUCACUAUUCAUUUUUAACUUCAUUUAUCAAAGCGUUGAAAAUUACAUUUAUACAAUCGUAUUUAAUUAUUAAUACCGAAAUUCGAUUUUAAUUAGUUAUCAACCAAAAACCAUAUCAGCUUCCUUUGAUAUCUAAUAUUUUUUUCUUCCUUAAUUUCUCUUGAAUUUCUUUUCUGAUGCUGAAGAUAUUAUUUUAUUAUUUUAGGGCACACCUCAUACAACGAAAUCAAGAACGACAAAAAGCGAUGGAUCCAGAGAUGUAAGUCCUUCGGACGUUCGAAAGGUAUAAAAGGAUUUUACACAAUACAGUAGAUUCUUUCUUAGCAGACCACCCUCUGGCUGGAUAAACGAAUAUCCGGUUAAUUCAAUUAUUUAUGAGUUGUAAAUAGAAAGCUGCAUAUAUGUAUAGACACACAUAUAGAAUUGUUCACGAAAGUGUUUGAACAUUUAUAAAGAACAUUUUACAGAUAUAUAUGAUAUUAUAUGAAACAUUUAAAAAUUUAAACAACAAAUUUGAAAAUAUAAUAUAGAAGGUCAUAUAUAGUUAUAUUUUGUGGAGAUCAUAAAAAUAUUUGCCAAUUACAUAUUAUAUUCAAAAGUCUUAAUAUUUACUAGAAGCCUGUGAAUGAUUUUCACAUAUGGUAUGUAAGAUCCAGCGAUCCUUGGCAGGACGUAAUGUAUAAUACAGUGGUUGUUCAAAUGAGCGAAAAUCUGCUAGCAAAAUCUGCUCUUCACGUUUAUCAAUUGACUUCCUUGGCACCGAUAUCGGAAGUGUUUACGAUCAACGAGCCGAUGCCAGUGAGCGAAGUCAGCGUGCAAGAGAGUCACAGCGUCGCUAAAAGGAAUCGUGGGCGACGCGGGCAUAAAUCAACGAGCAAGAUAGAAGAGAAUCGUUCUCUGAACGCGUCGACAAUAGAGAGCACGGACACGAACACCACUUCCCUUCUGAAAACGAUCGUGGAAGAGCCCGUAAAGCCACGAUGGAUUUUGCUACCGAGCGAAAGUCACAGGUUUAAGAUCCGUUUUCGACCGGCAGAAACGGGUCACUACGAAGAAACGUUCGCGUUGACGCUCGUAGACGGAAAUUACGUUACUUACGAGGUGAAUGUUAUCGGUAUCGCGGAUAUACCGAGGCUGGAUAUGAAUCCCAAAACGAUCUUUCCAAAAGCCGCAUCGUCGAGAGACUCGGCUGAAGUUUUGCAACAUUUCCGAGGUGGAGGCGGACGUUCGCAUCUCGCUGACGGAAAACGGUUCCGAGUGUUUCUUCGUUCAACCCCAGCAGCUGCUUAUCGCCCGAGGCAACUGCGCGACUGUGACUCUGUCGGUCAUCGCCACCAGGCUAGGGACCAUUGCUGGGAAGUUGCUUCUCUGCGUGAAGAACAAUCCGAGAGUCGAGGUGAUCGAGUUGCAGAGCGAAGGCACUAAGCUCGACAUCGAGCUAGAUGAAAAACAGUUGUCCUUCGGUCGCACGCUUCUCUACCGAAUGGAACAUCGAACAUUGACGGUCAGGAACAAAACUCCGGUCCCGUUUUUCUGGCACCUGGAGGCCGAAGAACCUGCUGAUCCUCAAAUAACGUUCGCACCUUCGCGUGGAGUGAUAGAGAGCCGCAGUGAACAAAAGAUCGAGUUUUGUUACCACGCUACCACGAUCGGCAUGGUCCAGAGGAAGGCGAUAAUCUUCAAUGCAUUCUUGGACGAAGACGACGACGAUCCCAUUUUCUCCGAUGUCGUCCUACUAUCUGGAGAAACUUAUGACGUUGCAGUGGAUAUCAACUAUGCGAAUCCCAUCGAUUUGAAACAUAUAAAGGCAGAUUCUCCGGCGAAAGCGGUGUUCUCCAUGAGAAAUCGCGGUGACUACGAGGUGAAAUACGUAAUUACGUUGGAUGACAAUGAGAAACUGGCGAAACUAAACUUGCCUGCUAAUUUGAAGAAGAAGCUCGAAAUUCGACCAACCACUGGAACUAUUUUACCAAAUAAUGAGAGAACUAUAGAAAUAAUAUUCAAGCCGAAGACUGAAUUAACGCUCAAGGAAGCCCCGAUAUUGAAAUGCCAUUUGAUUGACACGUACAAGGAAACUACGAUAAUCGCUGAAAUUCCUCUCAAAGUUUCUCUCGACGCAUAUUACGCUAGAUUUCGUAUUAACCCGUAUCCUGUGGUGAACUUCGGGACUUUAGCCAUAUGUACUGAGAAAACGAUGUACCUCAAUAUUGAAAAUAUCGGAAGAUUCCCCUUACAUUAUUCCAUUCAACUGAUAUACAAACACCCUUCUGUCAUUUACAUGACCAAAACGUUGCAGGAUGAUUCUGUGGAAACGAUGAAUCUCGCAGAAAAGAGACAGAAGCCGAAAAAGGGGAAAAAAUCUGUCAAAAGCGAGACUAAGAUCGUCUCGGAAGCAGGAAAAUUAGUAGUAGGACCAAUGACGAUAAUGAAACUAGAAGGCACCGUGGACGUUGGUCAAAUGGAUAGCAUCGCCAUCGCUUGCUAUCCAGAGUUCGUCGGCUCCCAAGAGGAGCAGAUCCUCGUUGUGGUGCAAGACAGCACGCCCGAAGACAGGGAAGGGAAAAUAGUCACGUUAUCUGUGAACUCGUCUAUGCCCACUAUCGAUUUUCACGAUCUCGACUCGAUGUUUCAAGAAAAUCACGUAGUCGAUAGAAUUCAAGACUUCGAGUGUCCUAAAGAUAUCGGAGCGCACACGGUGUUCGCCCGUCAAGAAAAAUGCCUUUAUUUCCGGCGCGUCAACGUGCUGAGCACCCACGCAACCUGCUUCAAAUUGCACAACCGUGGUGUAGUGGCUGCAAACGUGGAAGUUCACUUGAUGGAAGAGUCUCUGACGUUGAGCACAGCGAAGUCCAACACAUUUAUCGUAGAACCGUCAGACGAAGAAAUCCCUCCCAUGAGUUACAAGGUCUUCACCGUGUCUUUCACUCCGCACGUCAUACAGACGUUUCAAGGAACGUUUCGAGCCGCCGUGGUUCUGCCCCCGCAUCUUGGGGUUGACCAGCUAUUCAUCAAACUGAUAGGGGAAUCUUGCGUGCCGGAAGUGGCGAUUACAGAGCCGGUACACGAAGCACGGAGGAGACCUAGUUUGAACUUCGCUCGUACAUUGAUCGACGAGAGCAGUUGCAGAUAUUUUGCUAUAGAAAACGUCGGAUUCAUUAGGGCGAAAGUCAUCGUGGAGAUCGACGAGGAUCUGAAUAAUGUAUUUCUCUUCUCUGUUUCUUUGGACACGCAACAACAUUUACUGCAAGCCUGGGAGGAGUAUUGCAACGAGUUACAUGAUCGAUGUACCGUAGUUCGUUUAGCGCCUGGAAACGUGGCUCGUUUCAAAGUAACCUUCACCCCGAUUGAAGUCGGGAAAUAUUGCGGGAAAAUUCGUCUGCACGUGGUCGACAAUCCGUAUGAGAAUAUGUUGAUUAAUUUGGAAGGCGAGUGUUACAUCGAAACAGUCAUUUUCGAGGGUUUGCAGUUCGAGGAGAGCAAAGAAAAAGCAGCGACCAAAAAUCACAAGAUCCGGAAAGUCUCGUCCAAGCAGAAUUCUCUCGUUUCAACUUCGAGUAUCUCGAUGCUUCCAGCGUCUCUGACCUACAUUCUCGACUACGGGCUUUGUUUCGUUAGCAAAAUGUACAAAAAAGCGUUUAAGAUUGUCAAUAAAUCUACGGAUCGGUCGUUCCGCUUCCAAUGGAGUGCACAUCCCUACGUUGUGUUCGAGCCAUCUGUUGGACACAUCAAGUAUCUCACGUCCAAAGAAAUCGUUGCUACCUUCCUGGCACCGGAACCCACGAAUCAAGAGAACGUUCGCAUCGAAUGUUCGAUAUGCGAAAUUCUGAUAGAAUAUUCAGAGGCUGAGACUGGUUGGGAUGACAGACAAGUUGAAAUACGUUGGGAGAAAAUACACCACGAUCUAAUAGGUCAAUUAAGCGACGUGGAAUUCUUAUUGAAGAAGAUCGUGGAGCCAACUAUAGAACCGAAGCACGAAGUUGUGCCUGGAACAAGCAAAUCGAUCCAUCUCUUAUUAAAUGCCGUUGUUGCAUUUUCGAAAUGCUUGUGCACUGUCGACAAUGUUUGUUUUAAAGACACCUUGAUGUUUCAGGUCGAUUUUCUUCUUUACAAUUCGAUAAUUAAAAAUGAAUAUUAUACAGAGCGAUCGGCCUUGAUCUUUAAAUGCAAAUUGCUCUUAAACUAUCCGGAGUUCAAGUUCUCUAUAUCGAAUCCAGGAAUCGUAGAUAUGAUGUUCGCCUGGAAGAUAAACAUGGACGAACAGUAUCCAAGGAGGCACCUAGGAGACGGUUCGAACGUGAUUUCCAGACCGAGAACAGCAGAGGAAACCCGCUCCCGGAAUUCUAGAUCGUCUCGAGGAAUCUUUUCUGCAAAAAGGGAACUCAGUCAGAAGGACUUGGAGCAGGAUGAAUACAGCGCAGGGGACAGCACGAAUUUUUUAUCACAACAAUGCACAUCAUUCGUUUCUAAUAGCGCCGACGUGAAAACAGCUUUAAGCACGAGACCAUCGGAUCUUUUCAGCAGUACCGCAGGACUGUCGGGAAGGACCACGGAUAGCUGGUUGGAAGGGGAUGAUCCGCCCUUCGUAAUUCAUCCUGAAACAGGAAAGAUACCACCCGGACAAUCCAUGGAAUGUACAUUAAAAUUUUCACCCAAGGAUGUAUUUUAUUACAAGGCAUACCUUACGUGCAAGAUAGAAAAUCUUGAGCCAAGUCAACCGGCUUUGAUGAUUCCCAUCGUGGCAAGAAGUUUACUGCCUUAUUGCCAUUUCGACGUGAAGGAGAGCGACUACGUAACUGGCGGGAGACGAGAUCCAUCACGACCAGGACCCGUAGGAUACGAAACAGACGAUUCCACUGUAUGGCAGAACAUCAGGGUAAUCGAAUUUAAAGUGGUUGGCGUUGGCGGUACUCAUAUGAAAAAAUUCCACCUAAUCAACCCCACCGCGGACGAUUACUAUUUUUCAUGGACGAAUCGAUCACCUCGCAGAGUAGAGGAGAUAUCGAAGUUUCAUUGUAUGGUGACCGAGGGCGUCGCUGAACGUGGAAAACGUACCGACCUGGCUUUCACGUUUUUGGCAGAGGACGUCGGCGUCUUCGAAUCCUUCUGGCUCUUCUCCAUCGGCAGAUACAAUCUGGACUGCCUUUUUCUUGUCGUCGGCAUCGUAACCGAACCGUCGGUGCACUGCCUCGCCGUUCACAUGAAACUCAAGCCAACAAUCUUGGGAUUUAAUGUGAGAGAUUCGACGAGAUUGUUGAACAACGAGGAUUUUCAUAUACCGUUCAACGUGUUGGAGGAGUCUCUCUAUUCCGAGGGUAGAUUUCAAAAGCUCAGCGUGACUCCGAUGAGUGGGACUCUGCUCUCGAAAAGCGAACAACAUCUUUGGGUCGAGUACCAUCCAACCCGGAUCGGUGAGUUCCACUUUUCCAUUCAGUGCGCUGUGAAACUGAUGAAAAGUCCCCUUAUCAUCUUCGUGACCGCCUUCGUUUAUGAUAUCGUAUGCUCGGUUUCCUAUUGCAAACCCAACGGCGAAACCAUCCGAGCUUGCAAGAGUAAGGAGAAUAUCAUCGACUUGGACAAGAUAAUGCCCGAAAUACCGAUUACUCUCAAGUUUGACAUAACGAAUGCCUGUAAAGUAGCAUUUUAUUAUACUUGGGACCUCGGUAUGACGCCCGAAAUUUCGUGCAGAAAUGCGUACAACGUAACGAUGUCUCAGAAGCAGGGUUAUGUGACCAGCGAUGAUCGAUCCACCUGUUUUCUUACCCUGACAACAUAUCAGAAAGUUACGAUAAAGGAUCAUUGCGUUCUUCUACAGAUUUCCAAUGGCCCCACCUACAAAUUUAUACUGAAAGGCUUCUCUAAAAGGCCUGCGAUCGAAUUCAGCUUCAAUCGUUAUGAUUUUGGACCUUGCUAUAUCCAAGGACGCAACAGAAUCUCCUAUUUUACGGAGCUACGUGUAACAAACUCUGAUGAUGCCCCUUUUAUAAUUGAAUGUAAGUUCGAAGAACAACCUCACCUCUCCGUCGAUCUGAAUCGAAUCUCGGAAGCAAUGGCGGCCCAUUCUACGAUCACUAUACCGAUCGUUUUUCGUCCGUUGAAAGAAACCAAGUACCACGAAUGUUUGGUGUUCACAAUCAACUCGGCGAACAAGAAGAAGAUAACGAUCACUGGCGAGGGAAUCGGCUAUAAAGUUCGUCUGGUGAAUCCUCGCGACAAAUCGAUAGAUCUCGGCAGCGUUCCCGCUUCCAGAAGCAUCGUGAAGAAGGUCCCGGUAAUAAACGAAGGUUCGGCACCACUCGAGCUGAAAUUUGGUCUAAUGAAGUUCCUCAGUGGUUACGACGAGUACCGCGAAAGUCGAGGAUACUGCAACUCGAUGGAAGGCGCGAGCGAACUGGCUCGAGCAUCCAUUAUGGAGACCAAGCGAUCCUGGACCGUGGAUGUGAAACUUCAAACUGGAGAACCGAAGCUAUCAGACGUUCUGAAGAUCGAGCCGUCGUCGAACAUCGUUUUGAAACCGAAUAAAAGAGUCAACGUGCUGAUCACUUUUAAAUCUCCAUCGAGAAUAAGACCGUUCAUGGCUAAAGUGGCUUUUCAAUCGUCUUCCAUGAUUCUCCCAUUGUUCUUGGUGCGUGGAAAUUGCGUAGCAGCGGAGUUCCGCUUGAACAGGAACCAUAUCUCCUUUGGUAGCGUAAUUCAAGGUUGUGCAACAGAAUCUAAGAUCGUAUUAAUGAACAUUGGAGAUUUGGGCUCAAGGUUUGGAAUAAUAGAAAUUGAGAAGUACCAAUCCUUAAGUGUCAAAAUUAGCGGAGCGUGCGGCAAACUCCCUGACCCGAUCGGAACUAUCAUGUUCGAAUGUUUGGUACGAGAAAAGCAAACUCGAUCAGUGGUUAUAGUGAACGACUCUAAUCUUCGUUGGAAGCUGAAUGUUGAAGUAACCGGAGAUUAUUUCUCCGUUGACGAAACGUUGCUGAUUCCUUCGCAACAGUCUGCUCCUUGCGUUGUCACGUAUUUGCCUCUCGUUAUGAACUCUGAAAGCACUCCGCACAUGGGAACGCUGGUGUUAAAAUCCGUGGAGGAAAACCUGUACAUGUUAUAUUCACUUUGUGGCAGAAGCCUACCACCGCUAGUUACAUCGAAAAUUAGCCGUCGAUUGCCCGCGAAAACAAAGUAUACCGAACUUAUGUCUGUUCACAAUUGGUUAAACAUCCAACAACGAUUCCAAUGCAAGAUCGAAUUGAUAACGAACGAUAACUCGCAAUCACAGAGUGAACUUCUUAUCUUUUUCAUUCUUUGCGGACAGAUUCCACUGUACAGUUUCGUAGGUAACGAAAGAAUUGAUGUUCCAGCAAACAGCCAGCGAGAUUACCGAGCGGUGUUCUAUUGUUACGAGAAGUGGAAUUUUAAUUUCAAAGUAAUGUUCACCAACGACGAGAAAGAAUAUCAAUUCUACGAGAUAGAGUACGAUGUAACAGAGCCGGAAGUGAUUGAAUCGAUCCCACUGGUAACCCUAGCCCGAUCUCAGGUUUGUCACACUUUGAAACUGGAGAAUCCCCUUGAACGUGAAACGAUCAAAUUUACAGCGGAGUGUCUUCAUCCAUUUAUCACUGUAAUCCAAAUGCCAAAGUUCGUGCAACCAUUAUCACACGAGUAUAUUUCUAUAAUAUAUCAUCCAGCGUUGUCAUACGUCACUGACAUUGCCAUGCUAAAUAUCGACGGUCAAAAGUUGGGUCGAUUCCCGUACGAAUUGCGAUUGAAAGCCAAUCCUGCUCCUCCAGAGAAGGCCACGCGUGUUAACGCCAGUUUAGGAAGCAAUCGCGCGUUCUCGCUUCACGUGAAAAACUUUAUCCAAGAAAAUACCGAAUUUCUGAUACACGUAGAUAGUGAGUGUUUCGCAUGUCCGAAAUUCAUUCAUGUGAAUAAAUUAGGAGAGGGUGUAAUCGACGUAAUUUAUGAGCCGCACGACGUUGAGAAUGUCACUGCCACGUUGAUAGCAUCUUCGGACACUGCUGGAGAAUUUGUCUUUCCUUUGAUCGGUUCUUGCUCUUUACCUAAACCUAUGGGUCCUUACAUGGUCACUCGAAGCUUCUCAGCUUCAAUACCUUUUAAAAAUGUCUUCAGGGAGGCAAAGGUUUUUGAUUUUAUCGUCGACGUUCCUGACAUUUUCACAGUGAACACAGCGUCAAUUACUUUAGAAUCUAAACAGAGUAUCAACAUUAAAGUGGAUAUUCAAGAUGAACAAGAAGGAGAAAACUCUGAAGAAGAGAAAUAUCCUAUUACUGGAAAACUAACGGUGUACUGUACUGAUCAUGCUUUUUCUCAUGUAAAUUGGUUAAUAAUUUUAACUAUCUUAACUAUCUUGAAUAAUUUAAUUGUUUUACAUUUUCAAAUAUUAUUUCAUAAUUUCAAUAAUUCGUUUAUGACAUUUAAAUUAUUUUUUACACUUCUAAAGAUUAUUCAACAAUUAUUGAACUUUUCUUUAAUUCAUCGUUACUUAAGCAACGUAGAGUGCGUUAAACUAGUGAUUUUUUUGAGACACGAAAUCCAUUUCAUUUUAGGUCUAUUCUAUCUUUAG